AUGGAAGAACAUCUAACAGAAGGGUGGGAACUAGACUUCCUAAUCGAAGAACAGCUGGACCGGUUCUAUGACUGCAACAACCGCGCAAUGAACCCGACCCGGCUCGGCGAUGUGGCCAAAAUGCUGGUGCCCGAUUCGACUCCACCCCUCGAGCUGGCCUCCGUGGGCUGGUUCGGCGAUUGGAGGCCCUCCAUAAUCUUGGGCCUCCUUCUUGGGCUGGUGCACUCCUCGCUGCCGGUGUCCGACCCGGGUCAGAUCGAACGGAACUUGACACAGUUCAUCCGCGAGGUCAGGAUCGAGGAGGCGAUCGUCGAUGGGGAAAUGGCUGAGAUUCAGGCCACGUGUGUGCUGCAGCUUCCGUUUGCUAGGCCAAGUAAGGGACCUGAUGGUGUUUUCCCGUUGAGGGCAGUCUAUUCUGAGUUCAAGAAAAUCAAGCAGGUCAUCAACAAGGCGCAACAGCUCAGGUUCAGGACAUUGGAGCUGGUGGUCCGGAAAAUCCUGGACACAACUGAUGCAGCAGCCUUCCUUGUCGCGUUCGAGAAGAUACGGCAUGAGCUUCACUGUUAUGCAGCUGAACGAGAGCAGCGAAAGGGUCCCGUGACCGUGUCUACCAGGGGCUUGAGGUCCAUUUCCGAGAGAGAGUGCGGGAGCCAGAGCCCACGCAGAAGUGUCAAGUCCAUUGACAAAAGGCUGCUGAGGAACGCUCGGAGAGACUGCAAAGGAAGGUAUCAAACCCAUGAGGAUGGCACGGCUCUGGCUCGGUUCAUUGAAGAGCUUCAGCGUGAACUGCAGGAGCAUUGCACCCAAAGCAAGAAGAUGUAG